AUGGCCGGCUUUGCGACCUAUCUGCUUGGCGCUCUUAGCGCGAUCGUAAUUGCACGUCUGAUCAGCUCACUCGUCAAACGGCCCUCGUUGCCCCUACCGCCAGGACCCAAGCCCGCGCCUGUAAUAGGAAAUAUUCACCAGCUGCCCAAGAGUCUGCAGUGGCUGGAGCUAUAUCACUGGAGCAAGAAGUAUGGCCCGGUCAUGCAUCUCAGCAUGGGUGGGCAGCCGCUCAUCGUCCUCUCCACUCACCAGGCUGCACACGAUCUUCUCAAUCGCCGCAGCUUGCGAUACUCGGACCGCCCGCGCAUGGUCAUGGCUGGUGAGCUGGUCACGAAGGGCAUGCAUAUGCUCCUCCGACCAUAUAACGACCAGUACCGACUACACCAGAAAAUGGAAGCCCCGCUCCUAACCCCGCGUGCUGCGAGCAACUACCGCCCGCUACAGGACCUCGAGUCGCAGCAGCUGCUAUGGGAUGUGCUGGGCGAGUGGGACAAGUUCGGCGAGAAGGGCGUAGACUUCCACCACCACUUCGAGCGCGCAAUGGCCAGUACCAUUUACUGUCUGAUCUACGGGUAUCGGCUGCAAACGGGAUUUGAGAAGGAGCUGAUGGAUGGGAAGCGCGUGCAGGCGGAGUUUGCGCGCACCGGGCAGGUGGGCGCGUACCUUGUUGACUCCUUUCCGUCGCUGAACUACCUGCCCAAGUUUUUGGCGCCUUGGAAGAGGGAGGCCGAGGAGCUGUUUGAGCUGGAGCGCCAGCUACAUGUUGGAAACUUGAAGAAAGGGCUGAGGAAUCGCAGGUGGAACUGGACUAAGCAUAUGAACGACUCGCCAGAGGGUGCGACAAUGUCGGAGAUCGAGCUUGCAUUUGAUUUGGGGAUUAUUGCUGAUGCUGGUUUGGAUACUUCGACUGUUGCCUUGGACUGGUUUAUCGUUGCUUGGAUUACGUCGGGGUCGCGUGGCUGGGUGAAGAGGGCGCAGCAGCUGCUGGACGAGGUCGUUGGUAAAGACCGCCUACCCAGCUUUGAAGACCGCCCCAAGCUAGCUUAUAUCGAUGCUAUUGCGAGCGAGACGCUCCGCUGGCGCCCCGUGGUCGUCCAGGGCGUGCCACACUUCACCAAGACGGAGGACGAAUACAUGGGCUACUAUAUCCCCGCCAACUCGAUUGUCCUCCCCAAUGCAUUCGCCAUCACCCGUGAUGAGGCCGCCUUCGGCGAGGAUGUCGACAACUUCAUGCCCGAGCGGUGGCUCGCCGAGGCAGCCGGCAAGGAGCACAUCGAUGCCAGCGGCUGCAACACAUCCGCCCUCAAGGACCUACCAUACACGGGGUUCGGGUUUGGACGCAGAAUAUGCGCGGGUCGGCUCAUUGCGCGCAACCAGCUGUUCAUCCAGAUGGCGCGCAUGCUGUGGUCGUUUGAUGUCGAGGCUGGCGUUGUGGACGAGGCUACAGGCGCGAGACACAAAGUCGAUGAUAUGGACUGCACGGAGGGCUUUAUCAGCCUGCCCAAGCCGUUUAGGUCGGUGAUGCGUCCGAGAGGGCAGUGGGUGCGUGAUGCGAUCUUGAAGGCGGGCACCACGCAUCACUUGGAUCACUCGGCCAUUUUGGAGGCGGCAAGUAUUUGA